UGAAAAAUACACGCAAUGCAAGUGUCAACAUGCAUUUCAGAGGAGCUAAACAAAAACCACUGCUCUUUCCAAACCCUGCAGCAGGUCAACAAGUCUGGAAUUGAGCAGACAUAAUCCUGUCAGCUAUAAAACAUUGCAAAAUUGUGCACACGCAUAUUCACAUGCAGCAGGCUUUGGCUUGUUAAAAGGGGUUACACACCUUUUUUAACACAUUCCUCGGAUGAACAUAGCAGUGCUUGCAGGAAGACGGCGACAACCAAACACAUUCAUUAAUUCUCUUAUCCGUCUCUUAGCUCAGAGGACACUUGGAGAGAUGGCAGAGGAAGACCUUUGGCCUUUAUCAGAGGAAAUCAGUUCCUUCUGUCUGGUUACCGAGGCUCGUUCAGGGACACAAGUUACCCAGCCCUUCCCACGCUCUCCAAAACUGAUCAGGAGAACCGGAGCCAACUCUCCAAAACCAUCAGAACUGCCAGUCUGGUUAGAUGACUUAAAGAAGGAGAAGAAAAGAACAGAGUCUCAUCUGGAAUCUAUAAAAAAGCGGCAAGCAAACCUGAAUACAAACUCGGAGGCGAUGAAGCAGAAGGUGCAGGAGUGCUUUGAGGAGCUACAUAUGGCUCUGCAGGAGGAUGAGAAGGCCGUUCUGGACAUGAUAGAGCAAGAUCGCCGGGAAACCAGCAGUAGACUAAAUCGAAUUCUUCAAGACUGGAAUCAACACCUCAGUCUCCUCCAGAAACACAUCAGCACUAUUCAGUCAGCUCAACAGAGCCCAGGAGAAUCCAUGAAGCAGCCUUUACCUGAGGAUUUUACAUUGACUAGCUGUCGUAAGAAACUGGACCCAGCUGAAGAGGAGAUAAAAAUGAAUGAAGAAAGGAUCCAUAAGCUCAUGAAGGUUCUUAGGAACAUUACCAAAGAUCUGAAAGCCCAGCUCCAACGAAAGAACCUGCUUCUGGACUCCUUUGAAGUGGCGAUUGACAAACAGACAUGUCACAAACAGAUCAAGGUGACCUCAGAAGGACGGGGCCUGUGCCUUUCCUCAGAGGACCGCUGUGUUUCCAAUGAACCUCUAAGGUUUGAUCAAUUAUACUGCGCCUUGGGCUCUGCUGCCGUUACAUCUGGGCAGCACUACUGGGAGGUAGAUGUGCACUGCUGUUCAUCGUGGGCUGUGGGCGUGGCUUAUGGCAGCCUACAGAGGAGAGGCCGGGACAAAGGUGCCAAACUUGGACGGAACAGGUGCUCGUGGAGUCUCGAGUUUCAAAAUGGGCAUCUCAUGGCCUGGCACAACGAUCGACAUGUGGCACUACCCGUCACAGCGGCUCGGGCAGCACCGAACAGAGUGGGGGUGUUUGUGAAGUAUCAGAAGGGCCGUCUGGUGUUUUAUGAUGCUGAGACUAUGAGAACGCUACAGGAGUUUUCAGCCGUGCAAACAGCUGUGUUUGAAAGAGCACAUCACCAGUUUACUGAGCCUCUCUACCCAGCUUUCCGCUUUUUUUCACCCAAAGACAAAAGCCAUUAUCAUAUGGAAAUAUGCGAUCUCAGUCUUUAAUUAAUAUUAGCGGUAAUAAAAAAAAAAAAACGUGCCGUGUAAUUUUUGGUCUCUGAUAAAAUUAAGUUAAUGUUUAUUUCAAGCAGAAAUCUUUUGUAACAUUGUUUUGCUCUAAUUAACAAGUCUUUACUGAGCAAAGUACAUUAUAUUUCUUAGAUAAAGGACUUAAUGAUCAUUAACAGUUAAUAACAGUGCAUGCAUAUAAUAUAUAGGCCUAUGUUUUCACCAAAAAAAGCAAAGGUUAUCAAGGUCAACAGGAGGAAAAGUCUAUUCUUCUAUAGCUUAUGUAAAAAUAGAGUGUACUAUUUAAUAGAAAUGUAUACUAAUAAACAUAAUACUCAAGUCUGGUGUGGUGCACACUUUUCACAGAAUUUAAUUCUGUCUAUGUGGCUUUUUAACCUUGCAUUUGCAACAAAUUAUAGGCAGUUGAUUAAUAUUACACAGUACUUAACUGUAUUAUUACACUUUAACACGGACACCUUAAAAUGUAACCGAAAUAUUUAGUAUUGUGUUUACCUGUAAUCAAUAUCCAGCAAUAAACUCUUCAUCGCAGGACU